GGAGAGAUCUUCGUUUACGUCGCAUUUCAUAAAACUUGGACGUUAGGGGGUCCGGGAAGAUUUAUAUGUUUGACGUAGCUACCUUGUAAUUCCGAAAUCUGAAGCAAAGCUCAUCUCUCUGAGGACGACUGCCUAAUCUCUAUAAUCAAAGACAACAUUAUGUCCCCUCCUGCGCCAGUGCAGCCUGCUUUGGGUGUGAAGCAGACAAUUCAAGCAAGGCAUGGCGUAGCGACAUAUGUUCCACAAGGCUAUACCAUCAAAAUCAUAAAUACGUAUGGGAAGCAAGUGGUAGAUACGUGGGCUUUUGCUUUGCAUGCCCCUCCUGAGGAUGCAGAUAUUGAUAAAGGAGAAAAGAAAGGUGAAGUAAAAAACAAGGAGGGUGAAUCCACGGCUAGCGAGCAGAAGAUAGAGGAUGCGGUGGAGAACAGUGGCAAGACUGCAACGGGCAAUGGUGAGGACGCAAAUCCUGAGAAGGCCGAGAAUCCCACGAGCGAGGAGCCGAAAGAAAAGCCUGAGGAAGAGACGGAAGAUAUUUCUGAUGAAGUCAACGAUACUGCACAAGACGCCAGUGCUGGAUUCAAGGAAGAAAAUGUUGAGCCUCAGGACAAAGCGGAGGAGAAAACUGAAGAUUUAGCUCCACGUAAAGCCGAUGGGAUCAAGGAUAAUGCAGAGAAAACAAAUACUGCUGCCACGGAAGGUGGGGAAAAGGCGACCGAGAAGGCUCCCGACAGUGCGGACGAAUCGACACAAAAGAAAAGCAGAUGGAGUGCUUACAUACCAUCCUUGCAGCGAGCAAAAACGCAAUCAAAGAAAAAGGAAAAACCAGAGGACUCUACGAAUGAAGAGAAGACGACAACGACAACGACAACGACGAAAAGCUGGAGUGAGUACCUCGGUGUUGGUGGAGGCCAAAAAGAGGGUUCAUCCUCAAACACGAACUCGCAGCAGAAAGGAUGGUCUGCCUAUAUCCCAUCAGGGCAAGCAUUUAGUUCGUACAUACCUUCCAAAGAGGCACUUUCUGCGUUUGCGGGCUCGCAUCACAGAGACCCGACAAAGAGUUAUGCGGAGCAAUUGUACGACUUCUCAAAGACCCCAGUCGGCGCUGCCAGCUUGAGCGCUGCAACAGGGUCUGGGUAUGCUGGCUCGCUGUACGCAGCUUAUAAGGCAUACGAACAGACGGCCGGAGACUCAGACGUACCCGCGAUGGAAUACAUGAGUAUGAUGCAUACAAGAGCUUCAACUUUGCAUCUCUCACCCAGAGUGGGUGACACUCUGGUCUCAAAUCUUCGCGCACCUCUCCUCACUGUCGUAGAAGACACGAGCCCAGGUAGUCACGAUACUCUCAUAGCAGCAUGUGACCCGCAGAGAUACAAAGAACUCGGUGUAGAAAAGUGGGAAGAGCAUGGAAGUUGCUCAGAGAACUGUGUUCUAGCGUUGAAGGAGAUAAAUGAGCGUAGUGGACUGAAGGGAAAGAGAGCGAUUGGCAGUGAUGUUACGGUCAACACAGUUCCCGCGCCACUGAAUCUCUUCAUGAACAUCCCUUGGACGCAGAAAGGAGAUAUAAGCUUCGAGGAGCCAAAGACAAAACGGGGGGAUUACAUCAAGUUCCGGGCGGAGCGUGAUGUCGUUGUCGUUAUGAGCGCCUGCCCCCAAGAUGUUCUAGCAAUUAAUGGCCAUAAACCCAUGGUCGCGCAUUUCGUAGUGGAAAGUUCAAGCUCAGAGGACAUGAAGGAGGCAAGGGCGAAGGAGCAAGAGUCAGAGAGUAUUCUUGCCAAGGCGCGUAGGAGGAUGUCGUCAAGAGACAGAGUACCAAAAGCAAAACAGCAAGGCGCCUCCGUGGAGGCAGCUCCAGCUGAACCGCCGAAACCAAAAGAGCCACCAAACGUGCAGUCUCCAGUCAACCACCCGAGACCAGGGAGAAAGGCGCCGCGGAAGUUGGAGAAGAGAAGCAGUGCAUCACAGAGCCCUGCACCAGCAGCGAAGGCGUGACGCAGGAAGUGCAAGAAAUGCGUUGAGAGACACAAUAUUGCUGAAAAUGAUUCUUUAGAGAUUGGAGAUUUUAUCUUAAGCCUUUCUCUUGUUGUGCCAUGAUGUAUGUAGGUUUUUCAAAUCCAGAAUAUGUUUGAUGUCCG